GAAAGAGAUUUGGAAGCCCUUGACGAAAGACAUCGAUGGGUGACCUCAGCAGAUAUGCCGGAACCUAGACAACCAGUAAAACGUUCCUUCGACGACUGUUUCGUUGUCUCUCCAACGACCACAACUUCAACAACCACGCCCUCCACGACCACAUCAACUACAACUACAACAACCACGCCCUCCACGACCACAUCAACUACAACAACCACGCCCUCCACGACCACAUCAACUACAACAACCACGCCCUCCACGACCACAUCAACUACAACUUCAACAACCACGCCCUCCACGACCACAUCAACUACAACAACCACGCCCUCCACGACCACAUCAACUACAACUACAACGCCCUCCACGACCACAUCAACUACAACUACAACGCCUACCACUCCCAGCACAACAGAUUCGUGUAGUGAUCCUGGAACACCUGCAAAUACCCAAUUGCUAUCCAGUGGCAUCACUGUGGGUCAGAUUUUCGAGUACCAAUGUAACAACGGCUACGCACUUUCAAGUGGUGAUUUGAUCAGGGCGUGUUUGAUAACUGGACAACUUACAGGCAGUGCACCUUCAUGCGAUCCUGAUUCAACUGUUGAACAACCAGUUAAUAACAUCAAUAUAAGACGCCGUGACAAACAUGGUAGCAGCGGAUAUGUUUAUACCACUACAAAUCAAGACUUCAGGAUCACAAAGUCUGGAAAAUUAACAAAAUGGCGAUUUUACAGUUCUUAUAAUGGCGACAUAUCUCUGCAAGUGUGGCGAUUUGCCUCCGGUGUAACAUCAAGUGGACAAUUUAUUGGAGAAAACACGGUGACCGGAACUGGAGACGACAGAGUAAGGACCAUUGAAAUUUCAGAGGCUGAGCAAAUAAGCGUGCAGGAUGGUGACGUCAUUGCCGUACAUUAUCCAGGAAGUAGCGCCGCUGGUAUCCCUUAUACUCGAUGCAGCUUAGACUGGGAACCAUCAAAGAACAAUCAGCUGAAAGGCCCAUCGAUGGAGCCGUCAUCAUUGGUCGAGGGAAGCAGUUAUUCAUUUAGUCCCGAUGGCUAUGACUGCAAAACCUGGUCGUUGAACGCUUUCAUAAAAUAAGAAAAUAGCAAAGUACGUUUAGGACUUGUUUCAGGACUGGCAUUCCCUCAUUUAAAAGCCCUUUUCGGGUAGCCCUAGUUUUAGUUUCUUUUCAAUAUAUACAUAAGAUACUCAAAUCUGUCAAAAUAUAGUUCAGAACAGAUACACUCAGUUCCAAAAGAAAGUGUGCACUUAGUUUUCUGUUAUUUUUUCUCGGUUAUUUUCAUGAAAACUUAUAAUGUUUGGUACCAAAAUUUAAAUCAGUUCGUUAACAAAUUGGUGUGCA